AUGAAUUUUGGUCUUGUUGGUGUUGUUAUCUUGGUGUUUUUGGGUGGAAUUGGAGAGGGUUUUGCGGAAUUUGAAGAGACUGGUGUGAGGAAUUAUAUUACUUGGGAUGAUAUGAAGGUGGAUUCAGAUAAGGAGAGCUUGGAUUUCAGAGAUGAACGUAAUGUGAGUCGGAUAAUUGUGGUUGAUAAGAAUGGCAGAGCUGAUUCCAUUACAGUUCAAGGUGCAAUUGAUUUGGUUCCUCAUAAUAAUUCUCAGAGAGUCAAAAUUUACAUUCGUCCGGGAAUUUACAGAGAAAAAGUAUUUGUUCCAUUCUCCAAACCAUACAUUUCAUUCAUUGGAGAUCAAAAUCGAACAUCGGACACCAUUAUUACUUGGAACAACAAAGCCUCUGAUAAAGACGAUCAUGGGUGUGAAUUAGGAACCUAUAGAUCAGCUUCAGUCUCCAUAGAAUCCGAUUACUUCUGCGCAACCGGGAUCACUUUCGAGAAUUCAGUAGUUGCAGUGCCUGGAGGGUAUGGAAUGCAAGCAGUGGCAUUGAGAAUAUCUGGCGAUAAAGCAAUGUUCUAUAGAGUUAGAGUUUUGGGGACACAGGACACACUCUUGGAUGACACUGGGUCCCACUAUUUUUACCAGUCUUACAUUCAAGGGUCUGUGGAUUUCAUAUUUGGCAAUUCAAGAUCACUGUAUCAGGAAUGUGUUCUUCACUCGAUAGCCGAAAGAUUCGGAGCAAUCGCAGCUCAUCACAGGGAUUCAGCAGAGGAUGAUACUGGUUUUUCUUUUAUAGACUGUAAAAUAAAUGGAAGUGGCAUGGUGUACUUGGGAAGAGCUUGGGGAAACUAUUCGCGAGCGAUUUAUUCGUUCUGUGACAUUGAUAAUAUCAUAACUCCAUCGGGAUGGAGUGAUUGGAACCACCCAUCCAGGCAAAUGACUGCAGUGUUUGGGGAAUACAAGUGCAGGGGCAGAGGAGCUAAUGGAAGGAAUAGGGUGUCAUGGGCAAAGUCUUUUAGUCACGACGAAAUCUCACCUUUUCUGGAUAUGAAAUUCAUAGGUGGAGAGCAAUGGUUGAAAUUAUAG